AUGAAUAAAAAGAUAUUUAAUAAUGUUUUUAAUAAUUCAGUAUUGAGAGUUUAUAUAUUUCAACAGGUCAGAUCAAUACAUGUCGAUUAUUUAAGAGAAAAGAGUUUAAAAUGGAAAGUAGUUGAAUGUAAACCAUAUCUAUUGACUGGUUACAACUAUUUUCAAUUGUUAAAAGAAUAUUAUAAACAAAUAGAAGAGAAGAAUAAAAAAUGGUAUCACAAAUUUAAAUCUUACUCUUUGAAAUCAGAUAGAACAAUCUAUCAUACAUUAAGGAUAGCAGUUCAACAUGAUAGAUUAGAGAUAAUAAACAUGAUUCAAUCGCCUCGAGGAAGAAACAUGCAAUUGUUACAAUGGUUGACUGAAAAGAUAUCGAAUCACAAUAUUGAAGAAUACGGACUUAUAUAUUGUGUAUCGGAAGCAUUAGUCAAUGCAGCUAUCGUUGGUCGUAUCGAUAUGAUCGAGUAUCUCAUGUCACAAUGUGAUUUCACCACCAUUCCAGAAACGAUUCAACCCUAUAUUCUAGAGAAUGGCGUAAUGAGCGGUAGCAUUGAAAUGAUUGAAUGGAUUUUAGGUCAUGGUGUCAAAUAUAAACCAAUGAUAAACUACAUAGAGUUGUCAGCUAAAUAUGGACAUCUUAACUUGGUUCAGUAUUUCGAGAUGAAUAAUAUCGGUCACUUUACAAGUCGGACAAUCGACAAUGCAGUAAGAUCAAAUAAUUUCCAAUUAGUUGAAUGGUUACAUUACAAUCAAAGUGAAUCAUUUCAAUCGUCGGCAAUGGAUCUAUCAGCAAGGAUGGGUCUGACACUUUUGAAAUGGUUUCACUCGAAUCGAACUGAAGGAUGUACUAUUCGUUCGAUGAUAAACGCUUCAUUCAGCCAUGAUUUAGAAACAGUUAAAUGGUUACGAGAGAACAGGUCAGAUUCAUACAACAACAGAAUACUCAAUGAAAUUAUCCUCAAUUCACAUCCAUCGUCCUAUGAGAUCUUACAAUAUCUUUACGAUCAAAAUCUAUACGAAAAGUUUAAUAUUAAUCUACUAAAGUUAGAUGAUAUCUUUUCUAGGAGUGCGCAUAAUGAUCGUCGCGAAGAUAUUCUUAAUUUUAUGAUCGAUUAUCAAAAUCAAUUAUUCCCUGCAUUCGAUUUGAAAAAAGAAUUAAGAAUUCUAAUCAAACGACAUGGAUACUUUAGUUAUGGUAUAAAAAUAUAG